AGUCUGGCUAGGACCAGAGCGCCCCCUCGAAUGAAUGGGGCCGGGGCUGACAGUGAACUACAGCUCCUCUGGCCCGGAGCGUUGGUGGCGGCGCCGGGGAAGAGCAGCGCUCCGGGAAGGGACGAUGUUCUGUGCCACCGCCGAGGUAGUGGUCUAGGCGGGCGCUUCCUCCGCGCGCUCGCUCCCCUUCCCCGCGCUGACCAUGCGCCCGCUCUUCGCGGUGGGCCUGGUGUUCGCAGGCUGCUGCAGUAACGUGAUCUUCCUGGAGCUGCUGGUCAGGAAGCAUCCAGGAUGUGGGAACAUUGUGACAUUUGCACAAUUUUUAUUUAUUGCUGUGGAAGGCUUCUUCUUUGAAGUCAGUUUCGGGAGGAAGCAGCCAGCUAUCCCAAUAAGAUACUAUGCCGUCAUGGUGACCAUGUUCUUCACUGUCAGCGUGGUGAACAACUAUGCCCUGAACCUCAACAUCGCCAUGCCCCUGCACAUGAUAUUUAGAUCUGGUUCUCUAAUUGCCAACAUGAUUCUAGGAAUUAUCAUUUUGAAGAAAAGAUACAGCAUAUUCAAAUAUGCUUCCAUUGCCCUGGUGUCUGUGGGGAUAUUUAUUUGCACUUACAUGUCAGCAAAGCAGGUGACGUCCCAGUCCAGCUUGAGUGAGAAUGAAGGAUUCCAGGCAUUUACAUGGUGGUUACUAGGUAUCGGGGCGCUGACGUUCGCGCUCCUGAUGUCCGCGAGGAUGGGCAUCUUCCAAGAGACUCUAUACAAACAAUUUGGGAAGCACUCCAAGGAGGCUUUGUUUUACAAUCAUGCCCUUCCACUGCCUGGAUUCAUCUUCUUGGCUUCUGACAUUUAUGACCAUGCAGCUCUUUUCAAUAAGUCUGAAUUAUAUGAAGUUCCGGUUGUUGGUGUGGCAAUGCCCAUCAUGUGGUUCUACCUCCUCAUGAAUGUCAUCACUCAGUACGUGUGCAUUCGGGGUGUCUUUAUUCUCACCACAGAAUGCACCUCCCUCACCGUCACACUCGUUGUGACUCUACGCAAGUUUGUGAGCCUCAUCAUCUCCAUCUUGUACUUCCAGAACCCUUUCACUGUGUGGCACUGGCUGGGCACCUUGUUUGUCUUCAUUGGGACCCUCAUGUACACAGAGGUGUGGAACAACCUGGGCAUCACCAGAAGCCAGCCUCAGAAGGAGGACAAGAAGAACUGAGGCCUGCCUGGGAGACCAGGUCUGGCUGCCAUUUCUCUUUUGUUAAUGAGAAUUACCCCCAGCACUGAACCACCACGUACCAGAGACUCCUCAGAGGAGGGCACUUCUCAGAUUUCACAUGGCUUCACAGACCAACAUGUGUGGACUCUGAACAAAAACCUCUCGACCCUGAAUUAGAAAAAAGAAUAGUUAUCUACUAUUGAACAACCAUUUGUUUACCAAAAUAUACAGUACUGUACUUGUUUA